GAAUAACCAAAAUUUUGCCAGUUUCAGGUUUGUAUUAGUAACAUGGAUAACCGUGGUUACAAUGUUACGAAUGAGAAAAAUGAUCGAAGACUCAGUCUCUCUGGAAUGGAGAUGCCAGGUCUAUACAGUCGAAGGGGCAGCAAGGCGCCACCACCUUUUGUGCCCGAAGUAUCGGAAGAUAGGGGAGAUAGACGACUCAGCUUGUCUGGCAUGGAAUUGCCAAUUCCAUACAGCCGAAGGGGAAGCAAAUAUCAGCCUGUGCAAGAACCUGUUCAAGAAACCUUUGAGCUCCCAGAGGAUCCUCCCCCUGCCUACCAAGGCAAUAAAAAGGCCCCUGGAAAGGUCAAAAAGUCUUACAAGAGAGUAAAACAAGCACUUCAGAGUAAUAGGAUUACCUCAAACUUCUUUCCCCCAAAAGGAGAGGUGGCAACGAACAUAACUCUAAUGAUAGCAGUCGUUAUCAUAUUUCUGUGUGCAAGAACAGUUUUAGGAUCAUAUUCUGCUCUAGGGGGAACAAUCUUUGCUGUCUUCAUUCUAGUAUUCUUUGCUUUGGUAGCUGGACAGAUAGUUCUUCAGCUUGCAGCAAUAAUAUCCAAGCUUGCAGGGUUUGAUAUUCGCAUCCCACAACUACUUGGAAUGAUGGCUGUUGGAAUCUUUUGUAAAAAUGUUCCGUACAAUUCCCAUGAAUUCAACAGCCCAGAAUGUCUAAACAGAUCUUUGACCCAUAGUGAUCUUCAUGAAGAUGUUCAUGGAAAUGAAAGUCAUUUGAUUCUGCAUGGUGAUACCGACUUACAUCACUUAAAUGUACAUGGAAAAAUAAUGGACAUUCACGCCUCUUUCAAUGAAGGACAUGCUAAAAUCGUUGAACACCUGAAAAAUUCUACAUUCAGUUCAACAGCUGAAAUAAAUCAUAAUGACCAUCCAGAAUCUAUUGGAUCAACUAAUAAUACCCAUGAAGAUAAAUUAGAUACUCACACUAAUGGAGAAGGAUUUAAGCCAAUUCCAGAUUCUGAAAAUCAUCAUCAUCGAGCAAGACGAAGUGGAGGUCAUGAUGAGCCUGUUGUAUACCGUGAUCCUUGUGUUAAGAGAUUUAUUGGAAAUGAUGUUGAUCCAACUGUUAAAACAAUCUUAAGAUCUGCAUGCUUAACAUGUAUUCUUCUGAUGGCAGGUCUUGAAUUGGAUCCUCCACAACUAUGGAGACUUAAAUGGAUUGUACUGAGAACUACCUUCAUACCUUGCAUAGUAGAGGCAUUUGCUGCUGCCCUGUUUUGUUAUCUGAUCCUUGGAUUUCCCUUUCUUCCUGGACUAUGCUUUGGAUUUGUUCUCUGCGGAGUAUCUCCAGCUGUUAUUAUUCCAGGAUUGGUGAAUCUUAGUCAGAGAGGAUACGGAGUAAAGAAGGGAAUACCAACACUGGUUAUUGCAACAUGUUCUGCUGAUGAUCUUGUGGCUAUUGGAGGAUUUGGAAUAGCUGCUGGAAUUACUUUUAAUCCUGAUGCAUCAAUAUCUGAUCUUGCCAGCCAUGGACCUCUUGAAGUGCUCUUGGGGAUUGCAUUUGGAAUAUUCUGGGGAUACAUCUGCCAAUGGUUUCCAAGCAAGCAGAAUGCAAACUAUGUGUUCUUCAGAUGGGUCAUCCUAACAGCAGGAGGUCUGUUUGCUCUGUUUGGAGCACAUAUGAUCCAUUAUGAUGGAGCUGGAGGUCUGGCUUGUGUGAUUAUGGCAUUUGUGGCCUCUAUUCAGUGGAGAAGAGAAGGGUGGGGAGAUCAUAACCCUGUUACAGAUAUCUAUAACAAGGUCUGGAUUAUCUUGUCUCCAGUUAUCUUCUCACUCAUUGGAACCAAUAUCAACGCAGAAAAGAUGGACGGGGCAACUGUAGGAUUGGGUGUUGCUGUACUUUUCUGUUGCUUUAUAACCAGAGGAUUUUUUACUUUUUGGUCUGCGGUUUGUGGAGGGUUAGACACAAAAGAAAAAAUCUUUCUUGCUGUUGCUUGGCUUCCAAAAGCAACAGUCCAAGCAGCAUUAGGUCCUGCGUUCUUGGAAAAGGCGAUUUCAGCAGGACUUACGGAUUUUAUACCUAUGGGAGAGACGAUUCUCACUAUGGCAGUUAUUUCCAUAGCUAUAAGCGCUCCCAUCGGCGCCAUUCUCAUCCUAGCGCUUGGACCUGUUCUGCUACCAAAUGACUUUGAGGAUAAAGAGGAUGACCCAGAAGACAAUACUGAUAGAGAGGGUAUCAUUGAAAACAUGAAAGAGGUUGUGCAUCACUAAGCCUUCAGUUUGGGAUAUCAUGCUGGGCUUUUAUGAUAAAAAAAUGGCAAUUAAUGAUUCCUUGUUAAGUUUUCUACAGUUUGUAACUUUCAUCAUAAUUCCUUUAUUUUACUAUUUUUACUUUUUAUCAAAAUAUUUCUCUUUAACUUUUUAAUUUCUAUGCAACCUUCUUACACAUCAAAAUAAACAGAUAUGUAAGAAAAAGGGAAUUGCAAAAUAAAAUGUAAUUUAUAUGCGUAUAUUAAAUAUUUACAUUCAGGACUAUAUCUAUGUUUUUUAUAUAUUAUUGUUCAUUAGUCUAGAUAUUUGUUGAAUUAAAUGUUUAAAUAUUAUAUUAUUCUGUAUUCUACAGCCUUCAAGUUCCACUUGUCAAUCAGCUUGAAGAGUCUACAGUAUUACCCACAAAACCUAACACUUGAAUGACGACAUAAAACUUGUUAAAUACAAUAUAUUAAAAGUUAAAUUUGGUCUUUUGCCUUA